GGUGAGAUGAAAGAGAAGAGGAUGAAUGAUGAUGAUGAUGGUGAUGAUGGUGGUGAUGGUGAUAGCGAUGAUGAUGAUGGUGUUAAUGGUGAUGAUGGUGGUGAUGGUGAUGGUGUUCAUAGUGAUGAUGAUUAUGGUGAUGAUGAUGUUGUUCAUAAUGAUGGUGAUUAUGGUGAUGGUGAUGAUGAUUGUGUUCAUAGUGAUAACGGUGAUGGUGUUCAUAGUGAUAGAAGUGAUGAUGAUGAUGAUGAUGGUGUUCAUAGUGAUGAUGACAAUGGCAAUGGUGAUGAUGAAGAUGAUGAAAGAGUGAAAAUUAGAAGAUUUCCUAUGCACCAGGCGCUAUUCUAAGUGCAUCACACAUCUGAACUCACAGCGACCCUGUAACUAGCUACUCUUGUCGUCUCUAUUUUUUUUAAGGUGAGAAAAAUUGAGGCAUAAGGAGAUGAAAUAACUUGCUUAUAGCUGCAUGGUUUGCUUGUGGAAGAGGCUGAAUGUGCAAUCUUCUCAAAGUACUCUUGCUACAAUUGGACACCACAUUUGAGAACAUCGUCUAUAUUAAAAAUUUUUGUAAGAUACAAAUAUGGCAAACUCAGGUGGCUUCUAAAAUGGAAUCUGCAAUUAUUCCUCUGCGCCAACAUGGCCAUAUUAAUUCACUUAAAUGGUGACAUUCCACAGAUUAGAAUAUACCUCACUUAAUUUCCUAUGUCUCAAAAUGAAUCAGUGUCUGUAUUCAAAGUUAGCAUGGCUUUAAUUUCACAUGGAAACUUAGAGAAAUAAAUAUAAUUGCUAUUCUGAGAGCUGCAAAAGAGAAACCACAAAAGAGGAACACCUCUGAUCAGAAAAACAAGCACAAUUUUAUUUGUCCUGGAAAACAGUGAAAUUUUUCUAAAUGUUUCCUGAGAUUGAAAAAUGAUUAUGUGAUUCUUAGAGGGUUUGAUGUUUGUCAAAAAUUACCAUAUUCUGUUUACAAAAAAUGAACUAGCUUCUAAUGAGAGAUUUGUAUUUUAGAGUGCUGUUCAGUUUCUAAUUACCCAUUUUCUGAUUUAAGACAGGGGAAUAGUUUGUAUAAAAACCAGUGAAAGAGAGUACUGUUUGACAAAUGUAAAGGCAAUCAAAAGUAUCUCUUAUAUUUUCUCAGUAUUACUGGAAAAAAGCGUUUUAUUUUGUCCUGUAGCAUAUUUUGGAAUGAAUUAAAUGCAUUUGUGACAAAGAUGCAGAAAUGCUAAGAAACUGACUCAUUCCUGUACGCAUUUAUUCACAAUGAAUGCCUACACCUUGUCAGGUACAGGGUUUUGGCUUAGGGAAAACAAAGAUAAAGGGCAUUAGCCUUUUCUGAAGGAAUUCAAUAAAGGAGCCAUAAAAGUUAAAGAGGUAAUUACAUGACAAAUGAUAAGUAGCUUGAUAAAACCAACAUGCUCAGAGAGCACAAAGUUAGCUACCUAAUCCAGGCUUGGGGUCAUGGAAAACUCCCUGUAGCAGAUGCCGUGAGUUGAGUCCUGAAGGAUUAGUAGGAAUUAAUAGGGCAAUGGAGUGUUGACUUCAGAAGGCGUAGCGUGUGCAAAGGCUUGGAGACAUGGUGGGCAUGGCCCAUCUGAGGAAUGUCAGGUAGUUGGGCCGGGCAAGGGCAGAGCGUGCUGAUGAGCAGUAGCAAAGGGAGAGGCUGCAGAGGUAGGCAGGGGCUUUAUCACGGAAGGUUUUGAAUAUCCAGAUUGCUUGGACAAGUUGAGGACAAGCCAUUGAAGAACUCCCCAUUGAUGGGGCAUGACAUGGUCAAAUUGGGGCUUGGGACAGUGACUUGGGGAGCCUUGGGAAGUAUGUAUUGGAGACUGAGCGAUCAGUUUGGAUGCUGUUGCUAUGAUAUAGAGGAGCAUCAAUGAUGAUCUGAAACUAUGGCACUGAGGAGGUGCAUUUGUUAGGGUGGGUUAAUUCUGGUAACAAACGACUCCAAACCAACAUGGCUUAAUACAAUAAAGUGUUCUUUCUCACUCGCAUAUAAUUUGAGGGAACAUGGGGAAGGGAAAGGGUUCUGCUCUAGGCUAUCAUUUAUGAACCUAAACUUCUUCCAUCCAGUGGUUUUACCAUUCCUUUAGGGCUGUAGGAUCCUCGACUGUGUCCAGUUUAUUCUGUGUUAUUGACAGAGGGAGGACUAGAGCAGAUAUUGAAUAUGAGGGAGAGAUUUUUAGGGUCCAGCCUAGAAAUAUCACACAGGCAUUCUAUCCAGAACAUAUCACGUGGCUCCACCUAGCCACAAGCAAUUCUGGGAAAGAGUUCUUCUGCACUCUCUGGAGGAAAACAAAAUGGAUUUGGUGAGCACAUGCCAAUUUUCACCUGUUUUUGACCUGUAGAAUGUCCGUUUCAUGUGGCUCAACCUGAACGUAAUAGAAGUAGAGUCUGGAGUAAACUCAAGAGAUGUUAUAAAACGAGAACUUGGUGACCAGUUGGGCACAGAAGCUGCGAGAAAGGAAGGAAUCUAUGCUUUAUGGUUGGGUGGAGUCACGGGUGGAUGGCUGUACCGUUUGUUCAGAUAAGGAUUACGGUCUUUGCAAAGAUGAUGAAGGGGAAGUGCUGAGUUUGAGAUGCUUCCCACAGUUCUCCACAGGACCUGCUGCCUCGUUUUCUCCAGAACUCUGUUAAAAUAUCACUCUGAGUAUAAUAGCUACAACCUUCACCCUCUGUUUUCCUGUUAUCCUGCUUUUUUUCUUCAUGGCACUCCCCACGUAGUGUCCAUUUUUUGGUAACUGGCUGCCUCUUCUCACUUGUUCACUGCUCUGUCCUGUAGUGCAGAGAACAAUGCCUGGCACAUAACAGGUGCUCAGUUGUUGAGUGGGUACAUGAGUCAAAAUGGAAAUGGCCAGCAGUCUAUUGGUUGUAAUAAUAAAUGCUAAUACUUACUGAAUGCUCACAAUGGGACAGAUACCGUUUCUAAAUACUUUGCAAGUAUUAAUUCAUGUAAUAAAGCGUCCCUCUAAGCUAGAUACAACUAGUAUCUCUAUUUUACAGAUGAGGAACCUGAAGUACGUAGAGCUGAAGAAACUUGACCAAGCUCAUAGUGUGAGUUAGAGAUAAGAUUGAAAUGUAGGCGAUAGAGCUUCAGAGGUCUACACCCUUAAACAUUCUGCUGUUGUGCCAGGUCAUUUUGGAAUGUGGGAGAAAUGGGCUGGAGCCAGAGGUUGGGAGGUCAUCAUUAGGAGUUGAGAUGUGAGUAGAGGUCAUCCUGUCCUUUGAGAUUUUUUUUUUUUUCAGCUUGACCUGGAACUCCUAUCCUGUAUCUGCCAGAGAGUUCAAUGCUCUCUUCAAUAUUUGGGGAAUUUCCACAAGCAUAAAUUUACAUGAUUGUUUAUUCCGAUGACCUGUUUCCUUUCAUGACCUUCAGUUUACAUGUCUCCUCACCUCAUCUCCUGUGACUGGUCCCCUCUUCCUGCUCUGCAUCAGCACAGGCAGGGAUUAAAGCUUUCCUUCCUUAACUUUUCCAGAACACUGUUCCCACAGGCAUUAUGUAUAUGUAGCAGAAUUUAUAGAAGAUUUGAGGGGAGAGAGCAGAGACACUAAAGAACUAUCAAGCAAAGAACAUAAAAACUGAACAGCUGACAUGUCUGUUCUUAAAAGUAUUCCACCACCUUGUCCCUGAGAAUGUCCCACGUGGUGGGUUACAGCUACUCUCUAGCCUCCCAAGGGUACUGUUGCUCUUUAUUUUCUUUCUUUCUCCCUUUGUCUCACCCUUUGGCUCUCCCUUCUCCCAAAUUCCUGUUAAUUACGUAUGCAGGAGAGGUUUCUUAUCAUUUAUUUCCUUUUCUGCUCCCAGGAAAUGUUUAUAGGAUUUCACCUUCAACACCCAAAGCACCCUCUACAUUUAAACAAAAAGAGCUCUCUUUUCACAAGGAACUCUGUUGUGAAAAUACUGAGUGUCUGUUUUAAAAGCGUGUUUUCCACUCCAUUACCAGUUUGGGUCCUGGUUUGGGAAAUGAAAGUGAAUGAAAUCUCCCAGAGAGUACGGGUGACUUGAGAUAAGAAAUCAGCUAUGAUUGGAAGGACAGAGAUCAGGAGGCAGCUGGAAAAAGACAUACUUUUGAGAACAUUCUUAUUUGUUGUCAGCUUGUUGUCAGUCAGGGAGAGUUGAAUAGGCAGAGACAGAGUUUGUGGCAUUGUUGUUACUGCAAAUAAAAUCUUUGAGAGAUAUGUGUGUGUGUGUAUACACACAUACAUUAAAUAGGUGCUUGCUCAUGUGUAGGGAAGUUAUAGGGUUUUCUUAAAGAUUUUUUUUCAGAGCAGUUUAGGUUUGCAGCAAAAUUGAGAGGAAAGUACAAAGAUUUCCAAUGUAUCCCCAACGCCUACACAUGCAUAGCCUCCCCCAUUAUCGACAUGUGCCGGUAGAGUGGUACCUUCGUUACAAUUGAUGAGCCAACAGUAACACAUUAUAAUCACCUGAAGUCUGUAGUGCACAUUACGGUUCACUCUUGGUGUUGUACAUUCUGUAGGUUUGGACAAAUGUAUAGUGAUGUGUAUCCACAUUAUAGUAUCAUACAGAGUAUUUUCACUGCUCUAAAUAUCCUCUAUGCUCUGCCUGUUCAACCCUCUCUCCCCCUCCAACCACUGAUCUUUUUAUUGUAUCCAUGACUUUGCCUUUUGCAGAGUGUCAUAUAGUUGGAAUCAUACAGUUUACAGCCUUUUCAGAUUGGCUCCUCGCACUUAGUAAUAUGCAUUUAAGGUUUCUCCCUGUCUUUACAUGGCUUGAUAGCUCAGUUCAUUUUAGCAUUGAUCAGAUUCCACUGUAUGGAAAUAAUAGUUUCUUUAUCCAUUCACCCACUGAAGGACAUCUUGGUUGCUUCCAAGUUUUGGCAACUAUUGCUAAAGCUGCUAUUAAACAUAUGUGUGUGUGGACCUAAGUUUUCAGCAUCUUUGGGUAAGUACUAAGGAGCGUGAUUGCUGGAUCAUAUGGUAAGAGUACGUUGAGUAUGUUUAAUUUUGUUAAGAAACCACCAAACUCUUCCAGAGUGGCUGUGCCGUUUCACUUCCCAGCAGCCAUGACUGAGCGUCCCUGUUGCUCUACAUCCUCACAGGCGUUCCGGUGGUGUCAGUAUUCUGGAUUUUGCGUCCUCAUAGACGUGGGGUGGCAUCUCGUUUUAAUUUGCAUAUCCUUGAUAUUAUAUGACGUGGAACAUCUUUUCAUACGCUUAUUUGCCAUCUGGUGAGGUGUCUGUUAAAACUCUUUGGCCCAUUAUUUAAAUUGAGUUGUUUGCUUUCUUAUUGUUGAGUUUAAGAGUUCUUUGUAUAUUUUAGAUAACAGCUCUUUAUGUGUGUCUUUCGCAUGUGUUUUCUCCCAGGCUGUGGCUUGUCUUCUCUUUCUCUUGACAUUGCUUUCCCCAGAGCAGAAGUUCUUAAUUUUAAUGAAGUCCAGCUUAUCACUUACUUCUCUCGUGGAUCGUGCUUUUGGUGUUUUUAUCUAAAAAGUCAUCGCCAUACCCAAGGACAUCUAGAUUUUCUCUUCCAAUAUCUUCUAGGAGUUUUAUAGUUUUGCAUUUCACAUUGAGGUUUAUGUUCCAUUUUGAGUUAAUUUUUGUGAAGGGUGUAAAUUCUGCAUCUAGAUCUAUUUUUCAGCGUACGGAUGUCCACUUGUUCCAGCACCAUUUGUUGAAAUGACUAUCUUUGCUCCACUGUGUUGCCUUUGAUCCUUUGUCAAAGACCCACUGUAUUUAUGUGGGUGUAUUUCUGGGCUCUCUAUUCUGUUACAUUGAUCUAUUUGUUUAUUCUUUUUCCAGUUCCACACUGUAUUGGUUUUUGUAGCUUCAUAGUAAGCGUUGAAGUCAGGUAGUGUCAGUCCUUCAACUUCAUUCUUCUUCAAUGUCGUAUUUUCUAUUCUUAAUUUUUUGCCUCUCCGUAUAAAUUUUAGAAUCAAUUUGUUGAUAUCCGCAAGACAACUUGCUGGGAUUCUGACUGUCAUUGCGUUGAAUCUAUAAAUCAAGCUGGGAAGAACUGACAUCUUGACAAUAUUGAGUCUUUCCUAUUUGUGAACAUGCAAUGUCUCUUCAUUUAUGUAGUUCCUUGAUUUUUGUUUCAUUCAUUAGAGUUUUAUAGUUUUUCUCACAUAAAUCUUGUACAUAUUUUGUUAGAUUUAUGCCUAAGUAUUUCAUUUUGGAGAUUGGUAGUGUAAGGUGUGUUUUGUUUUUUAUUUCAAAUUUCACUUGUUAUUGCUGGGAUAUAGGAAAACGAUUGACUUUUGUAUAUUAACCUUGUAUAAUCCUGCAACCUUGCUCUAAUCGCUUUUUCAUUCCAGAAGUAUUUUCAGUUCUUUCAGAUUUUUGACAUGUGUGAUCUGCAAAGAUAGCUUUAUUUAUUCCUUCCUGAUCUGUACACCUUUUAUUUCCUUUUCUUACCUAAUUGUACUGAUAAUGACUCCCAGUCGAUGAGAUCCCUGACUUAGGGACGUCCUCAGCUUGCUCCUGACCUUAGUGGGAGAGCUUCCAGUUUCUCACUGUGAAGUAUGAUGUUACGUGUAGAUUUUUUAUAGAUAUUCUUAAUCAAGUUGAGGACAUUCUUCCCUAUCCUAGCUUAACUAUGGAUUUUUAAAAGUUGAUCUUGUCUAAGUCCUUAUUCGUUCUAAUAAAUAAUUUUUCAAAUGGUUCUCUUGUAUAUUCUGGAUAGGUAAUUAUAUCAUCUAUAAAUAUUGACAGAUUUCCCCUUAUAAACAUGCUUGAAAUAUGUUUUUUUAAGCUUUCCUGUACAGUGUGUGUAUUUUUAUGUCAUUCAUUUCACAUUUUAUUACAUUUUUGAUCAGAUGAUAUGGG